GAAAGAAAAAGAACUUUUCUUCUUUUACUUCUCUGUCUAAACUAAACGUAUUUUCUAGUUUGGGCUUCUCGAAUCUCGGUUUUCUGAAAUUAACUUAAAUUAUUUUGUAUUUGUAAACAAAAAACUUAAAUCAAUCUCAUUUCGAAUGUUGGUUAUGGACAGUACCGUUUCUUUGCAUUUCAUAAGGUUUGUUGUACUGGUUUCAUGGACCUUAUGAAAUUUGUUGUCAGAUCUGAGGAUAAGGAGGUGUCAAUUUUGCCUGAAAUUACUGAAACAGCAUCUCCCAUGAAUUCUGAGGAGAGAUUGAGGUAUUUGUACCUUACUUACAUAACUCCACCUAAAAGUAACUGAGACAUGGCAGAACAUGUUGGAGUGAAUGAUGUUGAUUCAGAUUUACUUGUUUUGAAAAGUGCUAAUUCUGUGAGUCAAGAUGAUACCGGAAAUGAAAGUUCAACCCAAUCUAUAGCCACCCCUCCUAAAAAGCGUAAAUCAAGAAAACAGCAAAAGUAUAGAAAAGCUUGGGAACAUUUCCCGGAGUUUAGCUUUUGGUUGGAAGAGGUUGAAAAUAACUGUUAUAAAGCGAGGUGCAAAGUGUGCAGCAAGGUUCUGGUUGCUGAUAUUAGUGUGCUUCAAUCUCACUCUCAAGCGAUAAAACAUUUAAAUAACUCUGAAGAGUUCCGUCAGGGAAUAAAAACGUUGGAAGCAUUAAGUGGGGUGGGAAGUGGGCGAUCAAGUGACCCCCCCUCUAGAUCAUUGUUUCAAAGGAAAUCUGCAAACGAAGAACAGAAAGCCAAAGAAGUUGCUGAGGACAUUGACUUUGACUGUUUGUCCAUAUCAGAUCAUCUCCAGGAGCAGUUGAGUGCAGAAGGGAACUAUACAGAACAUUCGGAAGGACAGCAACUGUCAGCCAUGUCCGGGAGAAGGCCUGUAGCCGAGCCUCCGUCCUACACCAGCAAAGCUAUAGUGACCAAGCCAGCUCCUCCGUGGAAAGCUACUGCCAUUGUAAAUGGUCAUGUUACUCGAUUGGAACUCAAUGACUACAAAGGCAGAUAUCUUAUUUUGUUCUUCUACCCACAAGAUUUUUCUGCAGUGUGUCCCACGGAACUGUUGUCACUGAGUGACCGAGUGCUGGAGUUCCGAGCUGUCCAGACUGAGAUCGUGGCUUGUUCUGUGGACUCUCACCUAACACACCUGGCGUGGGCGCGCACCCCGCGUAAUGAGGGUGGCCUUGGCAACCCCAAGAUACCUCUGCUGGCCGACCCCACACACAGCAUUGCCCGCGACUACGGUGUCUUACUGCCUGACUUGGGUCACACUCUCAGAGCACAUUUCAUAAUAGACAGGCGAGGUAUCCUUCGUCACAUGUUGGUGAACGACCUUGGUGUAGGAAGAAACAUUGAUGAACUGUUGCGGAUCACCCGGGCCCUUCAGUAUGUGGAUGAGACAGAAACCGGUUGUCCUGCGGACUGGAAACCUGGACUGCCCGGAGUCUGAGCAUCACCGUUAUCAAUUAAUAUUUAAUUUAAUUAUGACAAUUCCAGUGUUUUUGGCCGUACAACCUUGAUACAUUCAUACAUUAUGUAAAAUACAUUUAAUA